UAAAUAAACUAUUUUAAAAUUGUAAGGCCUAAAAUAAAAAAAAAUUUGUUUGCAGUUGCCUACUGACCCAAUGAAAGGCCACCUGAUGCAAACUUUUUUUUUUAGCCAUUUAGUAAAUUAUUUUUUUCGAUUUUUCAGGAUAUUGAAACUAUCUAAUUUUCAGUAUUUGACUUUUGUUUUUAUCAAUCAGUAGUUUAAAACAAUAGUGCAACUUAUUCAUCUUUAGUAGGCCUUUGAAAAGCUCUAUUAUUUGUUAUCUAACAAAAAUCUGAAGACAAUUUAAAAAUAAAGAAUGCCUACAUACCUACCCAGUCUAAAAAUUAUAGGUUGGCAACUGCAAACAAAGAUUUUUUUAAGCUUGGCCUUUUUGUUAUUUGUUUUAAGGGGUGAAGACUUUCGAAAGGACUUUGCUAGGAUACAAGAAUUGCUGGGUAUAUUCCCUCGAGUACCUGUGUCCCUUUUUACAGCAACAGCAUCACAAUCGACAAAGGAAAAGCUGGUAAAAAACCUUGGUUUAAGGAAUCCCACUUUCAUUUCCAAGAAUCCAGACAGACCAAACAUCAAGUAUUACAAAUACCAACGACUACCCAGCAUGCGACAAGAAGACGACCUUGACAAAAUUUUAGGAGAUAUUGUGACAGGUCUACAAAAGGACAGAAGACAUUAUCCUCUCACUUUCAUUUACACUGAUCUGGAGUCAAUUAGGUAUGGCUAUAGAUUUUUGGAGAACAAGUUAGGGAUUGAGUCUCCUGAGAACAGGUGUUAUGCACAGUACCAUACCCAUUAUCCAGAGAAUAUGAAAAAUUUUAUUAUAAGGGAACUGGGCAAAUCUGAUCCAAUAAUUAGAGUAGUUCUGGCAACGGUAGCCCUUGGGAUAGGUCUGCAUGCACCUGCGGUUCGAAAGGUCAUUCAUUUUAAAUGUCCUACCAGCAUAGAGAAAUACUUGCAAGAAACUGGUCGUGCAGGGCGAGAUGGGUUACCUGCCGAAGCAGUUUUGUAUGUCAAUAAAACAGAUGUUAGGAACAACAGACCCGGACUGCAAAAUUCCAUGCGCCAAUACGCUGUUAGUACAGACACCUGUUUGCGUGUGCAGUUGUUAAAGCAUCUAGAUUUUAAACCAGAUGUGGGAAACAAAAAAUGCAAAUGCUGUGAUGUAUGUGAAAUUUUAUGUUGUUGCUCUGACUGCGAAUUGUAACAUUGUGUCAUGGUAUUCCCUAGUGAGCACAACUUCAUUAUUUAAGUUCAUUCCCAGUAUUACAGGACCUAUUACCAGAUCACACUUCUCGUUACUACAAUUGUACUGUAAAAGGAUGGUGUGAUCUAUCCGCCUAGUAAACACUUGCAUGUACAUGAAAGACCUUGACUUGGUGAUGUAAAAAUGAAACAUUUGAUUUUUAUAUGAUUUUUAAUAUAUGAAAAGAAUUCAACUACUCGGGCACAUUUGUUAUGGAGUUUCAGUUGAAAUAUAUUCUUUCACUACAAAUUAUCUUCCAAUUAAACACAUAUAACAAAGAGGCCCAUUGGCCACAUUUCUCUCCUGAAUCAAUCAGCCCUAUUGUGUUUUCACAUGUAAAGUUUUGAUAACAGCGUGGGCCAUUGCCAUUCUACCUUUGAGGGUCAUUUGAAUCAACUUGAAUCUACACUAAUAAAACACUCUUGACAGUAAAAUUCACUUAUCAUAACUUUGCUAGCCUUGAGAAAAUUUAAAAAGAUUUUUCCUAUAAACUUGAAUCAACAAUAUUUGAGGAUUUAUCCCCAUAAAUAUGACUAAUCAUUGCUUUUCCAAUUUCUUAAGAUUCUUCCUUUAUAUUCCUAUGCUACACUGAUUGACCUUCACGGCC